AUGGAUCUGGGCAAGGCCCCGUUGUGCUAUGAGCUCCUCGCAGAGAUCGGGGAAGGCUCCUAUGGAAAAGUGUUCAAGGCGCGAGAGGUGGGCGGAGAACAGCGCCUCCUUGCGGUGAAGAAGCUGAACAUUCGCCCAGAGGCUGCGGACUCGGGCAUCCCUCCCUUCAUGAUCCGCGAGGUGGCGCUGAUGCUCAAAAUGAAGUUCUUCGACCAUCCAAAUGUGGUGAAACUGCUGGACGCCUGUGCGGUCCCUGAAGGACGCAGCAUGGACCUGACUCUGGUGCUGGAGUACAUCGACCAGGACCUCUCCUCCUACCUCAGCAAAGCCCCCUCCACUGGGCUGACUCUUGACUGCAUCAAGAGUGUGAUGCGGCAGCUUCUUCAGGGACUGGACUUUUUGCACACGAACAUGGUCCUCCACAGAGACCUGAAACCAGAGAACAUUCUGAUCAGCAGCCGUGGAGAAGUGAAGAUCGCAGACUUCGGACUCGCUCGACUCUACACCUUCAACAUCGCUCUGACGCCAGGAGUGGUCACUCUCUGGUAUCGGGCUCCGGAGGUUUUACUAAACUCUGUGUAUAUGUCCACUGUCGACAUGUGGAGCGCUGGCUGCAUCUUCGCCGAGCUUUUCCUCCUGCGGCCGCUGUUUCAGGGCUACACAGAGGUUCAGCAGCUCCAGAAAAUAUUUGAGGUGAUUGGAUUCCCGGCGGAGGAGGACUGGCCUAAAGACAGUCCGCUGCCGUAUCAGUCGCACUGGGGCCCCGCGAGCUCCCGCACCAAACUGCUGACCAACCUGGGCCCAGACGAGAACGACCUGCUCUCUAAGUGUCUGGCGUUCAGGCCCAGUGGUCGCAUCUCCGCUGCUAAAGCUCUGGCUCAUCCCUUCUUCAUGAACCAGUGA